UCUCUCUGAGGCGGGAGGCUCUUUCUUGCAAGCAAGCAAGCAAACGAGAGGUUUGGAGUGGAGAAGACAUAGAGAAGCUAUGGGCAGCACAAGCACGAGCUCUGCUGCUCUAAUCCACCAUUUCCGGCUCACCAAUCUCAGUUUGGAUUCGCCUAGGAAGCCUCCGUACACUGUGAGUUUCUGCAAUUCGUGGAAGGAAGGUGGACUCCGAUACGGUGUGACGCGACGCUCUAGGAAAGUCUUAGGUCCGGUGAUUCGAUUAUCAGCUCUGGGAGAAAAUUCCGGCGAUUCAUCGACGGAAACCAUUCCCGGCGUUGGCUCUGCUUUAGAAGAAAGACCAGAUGCGUCCUUUGAGCAAGAAGAUAAAGCGAGUUCGAUCUAUGAGUUUCUGUAUCCUGCCAAAGAUGAGCUCCCUGAUGACAAAGAGAUGACUAUCUUUGAUCAUCUGGAGGAGCUCCGGGAGAGAAUAUUCGUCUCUGUUUUAGCUGUGGGAGCUGCAAUCGCGGGAUGCUUCGCCUACUCCAAAGAUCUAAUCGUGUUUCUUGAAGCUCCCGUCAAAACACAGGGUGUACGGUUUCUUCAGCUAGCUCCAGGCGAGUUUUUCUUCACAACUUUAAAGGUCUCGGGUUACUGUGGGCUUCUACUAGGGAGUCCGGUGAUACUGUAUGAGAUUAUAGCUUUUGUACUUCCUGGUCUGACACGAGCUGAGAGAAGGUUUCUGGGGCCAAUUGUGUUUGGUUCCUCCUUGCUCUUCUAUGCUGGACUUGCCUUCUCCUACUGGGUUUUAACCCCUGCUGCCUUGAAUUUCUUUGUCAACUACGCCGAAGGGGUGGUUGAAUCUCUCUGGUCUAUCGACCAGUACUUUGAGUUUGUGCUAGUGCUUAUGUUCAGCACCGGCUUGUCUUUCCAGGUUCCGGUAAUUCAGUUACUCCUGGGACAAGUAGGGGUGGUGUCGGGAGAUCAAAUGCUUUCAAUAUGGAAAUAUGUAGUGGUGGGUGCGGUGGUUGUAGCAGCUGUGGUCACGCCCUCGACAGACCCUGUCACUCAGAUGCUCCUAGCUACACCGCUUCUGGGGCUCUACUUGGGUGGUGCAUGGAUGGUCAAGCUCACAGGUCGCUGAGGAACAAAAUAAAAUCGUGUGUAUCUUUCUUGUAGAGUAUAUCACCCUCCGUGCAAGAAACCACAGUUUGGUAUCUUAAAGUGUUUAUCUGAAACAUAAUUUUGAAUAUACAAAUUUAGUAACCAAAAAAAGAGAACAUA